AUGUCAGAAGAAAAAAUACGUGUUGAAGUUUAUGGGUCAAGUGUUCCCGGAAAUAUUUUUGUUAAACAAAAUCAUAUGUCUGUUGAAUCAAUAUUAAAUGCAAACAAAAUUCCCUACACAUUUGUCGAUAUUGCUGCUGAUGAAAAUCAUUUAAAAUAUAUGAAAAGAAAAAACGGUGGUAACAAAGACUUACCUCAAAUCUUUACUACAAAAGAACUUGAGGAAGCUGUUGAAAUGAGAGAAGUAAGAGAGUUUUUGGGUUUGGAAAAAUAG